UCUAGGUGUCUAUGUGCAAUGUUCUGUCUCGCAUCUGGCACAUCCGCUCUGCAAAUAGUUCCGAUUGCCGUAUUUCAGCUGAAAAAACCGGAGCCGCAAAGGGUUAUAUUACACGGCUGAUGAAUUCGACCUGCGAGUGACUCUAGCGGGGACGAUUACUUCUUUCUUGUCCGCAUUAUAGGAGGCGCCAUAUAACUUAACAUUCUUGUCUCCGAGCAGUUAUGGCGUCGAAUCUGCUGCCAGUGGGCGAAGUCGUUAAGCGGCUGAGCCUGCAGCCGCACCCGGAAGGGGGGUUCUAUGCUGAGACGUUCCGCGACACGCGGGUGCAGCUGGAUUUGGGGAAUCUGCCGGCGAAUGAAGGAUUCAAGGUGGGCAGGCCGGUCAGCACCUGCAUUUAUUUUCUUCUGCCCACGGGCAGCGUCUCCCACCUCCAUCGCAUGCCCUCCUCGGAAAUUUUCCAUUUCUACGCCGGCGACCCGCUCACGAUUGUGGAGAUUGAGGACGAUGGGUCCUUUCGCAAGACCACCAUAGGCCCGGACCUGGCAGCAGGCCAUUCCUUACACCACAUCAUCAAGCCGAACGUCUGGUUCGGGGCGUUCCCCACCCUUGACUUCGACGCUGAGCUGAAAUUGACGGCUCGAGAUGCGGGCUCAGCAGCAACCCACUACAGUCUUGUUGGCUGCACUGUAGCCCCUGCGUUUGAAUUUGCAGAUUUCGAGUUGGCUAAUAGGGCGGAUUUGGUGGGUAAGUUUCCCCAUUUAGCUGAUGUAAUCACCAUUCUGACCAGUCCAUAGGCUACACUGCUAUUUGACAACAAACUGUAUAUAAGAAUGAUAUUUGUGCGCUGUAGAAUUGUUAAUGCCGUACAGGUUAAUGAAAGGUAUU